AUGCCAAAGCUUCCCUUGACCAAAACCGAUGUCGACCUGGCUGCUCUUUCGAGGGACGUGUGCGACAGGUUUCUGCUGUUCAGCGAGAACUCCGAGAUUCUGGACUACCGGAAUGAGAAUGGUCAUGGAUGGUCCUUCUACAAACAUGAUGGCAUCCUCCGGAUGAUUGGCACAACCAUUGGGGAUGACAAGAAAAUGAUCCAAAAACUUCAGAAAUUCCAACUGAGGGACGAUGACGUCAUGAUAGCGGCAUAUCCCAAAUGCGGUACCCACUGGUUGUGGGAAAUAGUCACCAUGCUCAGGACCGGUAACUCUGAGUACAGCAGAAAGACGAAGGAGAUCGCCAUGUUGGGGAAUCCGCACUUUGAGCUGGCUGAUCAACUCCCAUCCCCGAGAGUUCUAAACUCACAUUUAUAUUUCCGUCAUCUGCCAGAGAAGAUGGUGGAGAAGGAAAAAACAAUCUUUAUCAUGCGAAAUCCCAAAGAUGUCAGCGUAUCUUCUUAUUGUAUGUUCAACGGAUUCAAAAACAUCUUUAGGUUUGACGGGACCUAUUCAGAAUAUCUGGAUCUGUUCUUAGAAGGAAAAGUUCCCGGUGGAGCUUAUGCCGACUACGUGAAGGAUUGGCUGCAAGUGAAACAGGACAACCCGGAUUUGCCUGUCUUGACAUUGUUUUAUGAAAACGUGAAAAAGGAUCCUGUUAAAAACAUCAAAACGGUUGCCGACUUCAUUGGCGUGUCUGUCAGCGAUGAACUAUGUGAGCAAAUAGCAGAAGCCUGCAGCUUUAAGAAGAUGAGGACGGCAGGGGAAGAGGUGAAGGAGGGGCCAGUUAAUAUGCCCGAAAUCCGGAAGAAAGGUCACAAAUUAAUCUAUAGGAAAGGUGAAGUUGGGGACUGGAAGAACUGGAUAACUGUUGCUGAAAACGAGAGAUUUGAUGACGUCAUAGAGAGAACAUUUGAAGGCACUGGAAUUGUAUUCACGUAUGAUGUACCCAUUGGUUGUGGGAAAUCGUCACCAUGCUCAAGGCAGGUAACUCUGAGUACAACAAAAGCCGAAAGGAGAUCGCCAUGUUGGGGAUGCCGGAGUUUGAGCAGGCUGAUGAACUCCCUCCCCGAGGGUUCUAAACUCACAUCUAUAUUUCCGUCAUCUGCCCGAGAAGAUGGUGGAGAAGCAGAUAAAACAAUCUUCAUCCUGCGAAAUAGCAAAGAUGUUAGCGUAUCGUAUUUUAACAUGGUCAACGGAAGCAAAGGAACUUUUGGGUUUGACGGGACGUAUUCAGAAUAUCUGGAUCUGUUUCUGGAAGGAAACGUAAGCGGUGGUGAUUAUGUCGACUACGUGAAGGACUGGCUGCAAGUGAAAGAGGACAACCCGGACUUGCCAAUGUUGACAUUGUUUUAUGAAAACUUGAAAAAGGAUCCUGUCAAGGAAAUCAAAACGGUUGCGGAGUUCCUGGGAGUCUCAGUCACUGAUGAUCUGUGCGAGCAAAUAGCAGAAGCGUGCAGCUUUAAGAAGCUGAAGGCUGCAGAUAAAGAGGUGAAGGAGGGUUAUGAGGGAUCUUCCGAAUCCUGGAAGGAAGGUCACGCUGGGAUGUAUAGAAAAGGUGAAGUUGGGGAUUGGAAGAACUGGAUAACAGUUGCAGAAAACGAAAGAUUUGAUGAUGUCAUAGAGAGAAGAUUUGAAGGCACAGGCAUUGUAUUCACUUAUGAAUAGCUAACGGGUUAUAAUGUGAUCAUGUCUAGAUGCCUUCGUGGAAACCUAAAGUGAAAUUGGCGACAUAGAAACGUGAAGCGAAUCAAACAACUUAUUAUUAUAAAAUGAGCGUGGUAUGUGUUCGACGCAGUUUCCUAUUUCCGUUUUAUCACUGAGGGUCAAAUUAGCCUAACUGACCAACUCGUUGAAACCGUCGAGCGAGCAAUGGCAUAGUGCAGACAAAGAAAUGCAUAUGCACAGAAAAGAUCUUGGAAUCAAACCCAUGUUCAGCAAAUCAGCUAAUAUUUACCGUCAUUACUCUGCAUAAUGAUAUGCGGCUCCUGAGUUGAAUGGGCGACCAGUGCCUCCAGACAGACCACGAUGCAACUAUCAAGUAUGAUUCUGCAUAUAUUUAUAUAUUGUAUUUGAGUAUUGUUUAUCAUUUGAACACGAGAAAUAAACAUUAACUGCCAUCA